AUGAAGUCCAUGCUUCUCUGGCUCUUGCUGUUCUUCUGCCUAGCACCGCAGCCAGUACCUGGGGAUUUCCAGACACACUUUGUGAAGUAUAUCUUGGAACCCCCACCCUGCAGAUCUGCACCGGAAAGUUGCAACAAAAUCUGUACACAUAACAAAGAUUGCCAAAGAGGGCUUCAGUGCUGUUCUUCCUUUUGUGGGAUAGUCUGUUCACUGAACAAAAAGCCGAGCAAGAGACAAAAAACCAUUCCUGUGUAUCUCUGA